CCCAGGCCCUUGCGGUAGGGAAUUCUCCGGAUUGAAGGCUCGCUGUACAGAUAAAAUUGUUUGUACAGCUAACUAUACACGCACCUGCGAAGGCCUCCAGGGCUGCUGUACGGGCGUCGUUGUAUCCGGAGAAGUCCCCACUGUUAGAGGUAGAUAACAGGAUUGGGCAAACUAUCGCGAAACGGCAGUGAGAGAGUCAGCCUUUUCUCCAACUUUGUCGCCGGUCGUGCCCGACACUGCCAUGGAUAGAACAACGAGUGCUUCAGAAGGAUGCGAGAAAUGUGCGAGAACUGCAAAGGCCAUUCAUGCCAUAGAGAAAAGAGCGAGGGUCUUAGAAACAAAUGGCCAGAGAGUGAUCGAUGUCAUCAUGGAUGACGAUGAUAAACCGGUGUUCGAGACGAAAACAGAUGUUGGCGACUAUCAGCAAGCAAAAAUAGCCAUGCGACUCAUCCAUCGUCACAUGGGGGUCCCUUACCUCCACUUCAACGCCCAAAUUGGAAGAUUGGAUCAAAGCAAACGGGAGAAGGAAUGUUCAACAUGCGCCGAGCUUCAAAUGAUAGGCUCGGUGGCUCUCGGGCGUUCAGGCGCCUAUCCGUCUAUCUCUUUACACUUUUGCGUUACUUCCGAUGUCUGGUACAUUCGAGCAUACGAGACGCCGCCGCUCCCCACGCUCUCUGGAAUGCGAAACCGGGAGGGCGUGCUCAAGGACUCGACAACAAUCGACAUUGCCCUUAACCGCAUUACCACUUCGGCAUUAUAAAAACACUUUUGAAGACUGAGGGUGAACGAGAAUUGGGUCAACUUUGACCAAGUGCUAACAUGGAUGCGUACUUGCGAUGCUCGUCAUGUUGGGGCUUGCCACACAAUUAUCGAUCCUAGGCUUCGCAUCGACCCACCUCAGCAUCUGAUCUUCAUCGAUGUCGCAAAUGCCUGCCUAGUUCGACGGCCUGGGAGAUGCAAGUAUGUAGCUUUGAGCUACGUUUGGGGCAAAAGUGGUACACCAUU